ACACCCCCAGGGAUGGGAACAGGGACCCCCAGGGGGACGGGGACACCCCCAGGGACAGGGAUUCCCCUGGAGACCAGGUCACCCGUGGGGACAGGGAUCGCCAGGGGGACAAGGACCCCCUUGGGGAUGGUGAUGCCUGUGGGGUCAGGGACCCCCUGGGGAACGGGGACCUCCUCAGAGACAAGGAUACCCUCAGGGAUUGGGACCCCCUCGGGGAUGGGGACACCUUCAGGGACAGGGGCACCCUUGGGGAUGGGACCCCCCUCAGGGAUGGGAACCCCCUCGGGGCCGGGGGUGGCCCAGGGGGUGACCAGCAGUAGCCACAGGAUGGGAUUGUCCCAGUGCUCCCAUGAAGGUGGUACCAGUGCCACGGCCCAUCCCGGACACCCCGGAACUGUGAGCACCUGGGGACCCCUGAAACCGCCUGAGGGGCUUCUCCGUGUCCCUUUGGGCCUCAGGAGUCCCUCUGGGAUGUGUCUCUGUGUCCCUUUGGGCCUCAGGAACCCCUCUGGGAUGUGUCUGUGUGUCCCUUUGGGCCUCAGGAGUCCCUCUGGGAUGUGUCUCCGUGUCCCUUUGGGCCUCAGGAGUCCCUCUGGGAUGUGUCUCUGUGUCCCUUUGGGCCUCAGGAACCCCUCUGGGAUGUGUCUCUGUGUCCCUUUGGGCCUCAGGAACCCCUCUGGGAUGUGUCUCUGUGUCCCUUUGGGCCUCAGGAACCCCUCUGGGAUGUGUCUCUGUGUCCCUUUGGACCUCAGGAACCCCUCUGGGAUGUGUCUCUGUGUCCCUUUGGGCCUCAGGAACCCCUCUGGGAUGUGUCUCUGUGUCCCUUUGGGCCUCAGGAACCCCUCUGGGAUGUGUCUCUGCGUCUCUUUGCACACGGAGACACAUCCCAGAGGGAUGGAUCAAGAUACAUCAAGAUGUAUCUGGACCUUGAUAUAUCUUCAGACUUCAGAAAAUCCCUCUGGGAUGUGUCUCCAUGUUCCCUUCAGGCCUUGAAGUACCUUCAGACUCUGAAAUGUCUCUCCAGGGUGCUUCCCACUUCUUCAAGACCUCGGAAAAUCCCUCUAGGGUGUGUCUCCAUGUUCCCUUUGGGCACUGAAGUGCCUCCAGACCUCGGAAUGUCCCUCCAGGGCACUUCCUAGUCCUCCCAGUCCCACCAGUGCCCUGCCCCAGGUCUGUGUUUAAAGCCAGGAGUCUCUUUAUGUCUGUUUAUUCUGAUUAUUGUCGUUUAUUUAUUCUUUUCUAUUUUUCUAUUUUAUUAAAUUCUAUUUAGGUUA